CUCAGCAGCAUGAAACUCAUGUUGUAGAAAGUGAACUGAAGGUGCAUCACUUCUUUUCCUGACUCAAAUCUGGGUGUUUCCGCCUGAGCAGCCCAGAAGAAAAACACCAAAAGGGGAAAUUAAACACGCCUUUUUAAAUAUUUCUUUCCUGUUCACAUUCGUAAUCUCUCCAAUUGUCUCCGCGUUUCUCCGUUUCUCCGGUUACGUGGAGGUUUGUGUGAAAUCUACACUAAGCACCUUAUGCACAAUUACGCGUGGUUUUCCACGGUCAUCGUCGAAUGUGGUUUCGCUGGAAUGAACUAUUUCAUGCGUGUUUAAUUUCGCCUCCCUAUAAACUGUCCGACACGAGUUUCGACGUCACACGUCAACUUUCGGCGUGUUCAUCUGCGCGCACCGAGGUUUGGGAUGUGGGUUUCGUGCGCGUCGAGCUCCGAGGUGCGCGGUAGUCAAGGUGGCCGAACCCCGGAAUGAAGUCGUAUGUUUUAUAGGUCAGGUAUUUUGGGAAUAUGCUCGCGGCGCGCCACGUGCGCAAUGACGAGUGUGGUUCUGAAAGGAAGAAUUAAUGCGCCGCUUUGUGACUGGAAAGACGGCGUAAACUGUAGUCGAACAAGAAGCGAGGUGGACAGGAUUUACUCGUUUCUCAUCAGCACAGCUGAUGUGUGCGCGCACAUGUCUCCAGGUCCAUGGAUAAAAGGGAAAGGCACGCAGCACGAUGGUUGUUGUGGGAGCAAGUAACGGGACCUUUGGCAGCGGCAACAUGAGGUCUUCUCUCGUGACUGACGGCAGAGCCGGCGGAGAAGAUGCCGGGAGCUCCACCAGCAUCAUGAUCGCAGGGGCUCUGGCACCGAGGCUCCUGAAGACUGCGCAGGGCGCCGCAGAAGCUGCAGUGGCGGCGGCGGCGGCGGCAGCGACGCCUCCGACCGCCUCCAGUCAACCGCAGGUCAUGGAAACGAACGGGACGCGCUGCGGAGAACAGAUCCUGAGCUACGGUCCGGUGGAGAAAGUGCUGAUCGGAGGGGUCCUCACGAUGCUCACGCUGUCCACCAUCUGCGGGAACCUGCUGGUGGUCAUCUCCGUGUGCUUCGUCAAGAAGCUGCGCCAGCCGUCCAACUACCUGAUCGUGUCUCUGGCCGUGGCGGACCUGUCGGUGGCUCUGGCCGUGAUGCCGUUCGUCAGUAUCACGGACCUGAUCGGCGGUCAGUGGAUUUUCGGACAGUUCUUUUGUAACGUUUUUAUCGCCAUGGACGUGAUGUGCUGCACCGCUUCCAUCAUGACCCUGUGCGUAAUCAGCAUUGACAGGUAUUUGGGCAUCACCAAACCCCUGACGUACCCCGUCCGGCAAAACGGCUGCUGCAUGGCCAAGAUGAUCGUGUGCGUGUGGCUGCUCUCCGCCUCCAUCACGCUCCCCCCUCUGUUCGGGUGGGCGCAGAACGUCAACGACGGGCGCGUCUGUCUCAUAAGCCAGGACUUCGGCUACACGGUCUACUCCACGGCGGUGGCGUUCUACAUCCCCAUGUCAGUGAUGCUGAUCAUGUACUACAGGAUCUACCGAGCAGCCAAGCUCAGUGCGGCAAAGCACACCAUCACCGGCUUCCCCAGGGCCGGAGGGCACGGGGGGCACGGGGCAGGGGUGGCCCCCCGGGGGGGCCGCGGGGGCCCCGAGGCCCCGCGGCCGGCGGAGUCAGGGGACACGGGCAGCGCGGAAGGAACCGAGGCGGAGGAGGAGAGCUUGGACUGCGUGGCGGCGGCGCUGAAGCUGCAGCGCGAGGUGGAGGAGGAGUGCAGCAGCCGCGUGUCCCGCCUCCUCAAGACCGGAGAGCACCACCAGCGGCACAGGCGCAAGAACCAGUCCAUCUUCAAGCGGGAGCAGAAGGCGGCGGCCACGCUGGGCAUCGUGGUGGGCGCCUUCACCUUCUGCUGGCUGCCCUUCUUCCUGGUGUCCACCGCCCGGCCCUUCGUCUGCGGCGUGGAGUGCAGCUGCGUGCCGCUGUGGCUGGAGAGGACGCUGCUGUGGCUGGGCUACGCCAACUCGCUCAUCAACCCCUUCAUCUAUGCCUUCUUCAACCGAGACCUGAGGACCACCUACAGCAACCUGCUGCGCUGCCGCUACAGGAACAUCAACAGGAAGCUGUCGGCGGCUGGAAUGCACGAGGCUCUGAAACUGGUGGAGAAGCCCGACACGGAUGCUUAGGGGCAGCGCUCGGCCCAGACCGUGACCUCUGGACUGAGCAGCCGCUGCUCAUGGAGUGAUGAGGGCUGCUACUUGUUCCCCGUGUGACGUAGUUGGGGAAGCGGAGCUCUGCGCUCAGCUGUCGGACGCCUUCCAGUAGCAGCGAGUUGGAGCCGGACGAGGGUGGACGAGCACGAGUCAAUCACAUGUAAAGGUUACUGUACACAGUCCACGGCCGCGUCACUGGAGAGGAGGCCACUCCUCUGACUGCUCACCUCCCGAAGACGCUGUCUGUUGUUUCACUGUGUUGAAUGCGAUCCGUCCCUGGUCCCUGAUCCCUGAUCCCUGGUCCCUGACCUCAGGUCCCUGGUCCCUGGUCCCUGAUCCCUGAACCUUGGUCCCUGACCUUAGGUCCCUGAUCCCUGGUCCCUGGUCCCUGAUCCCUGAUCCCAGACCUUAGGUCCCUGAUCCCUGGUCCCUGAUCCCUGAUCCCUGAUCCCUGAUCCCUGGUCCUUGAUCCCUGACCUCUGGUCCCUGAUCCCUGAUCCUUGAUCCCUGACCUCUGGUCCCUGAUCCCUGGUCCUUGAUCCCUGACCUCUGGUCCCUGAUCCCUGAUCCUUGAUCCCUGACCUCUGGUCCCUGAUCCCUGGUCAGACACCACCUGAUCAACACAAGCCUGAGUCUUUCCUCCUCAUACUGUGUUACACACCUUGUGUUGUAGAGUUGACACAUCCGCGUCAGGCUCCAGGUUCAUCCUUUUAUUUUGAUAUCUGUCUCUUAAAGUUUAUAUAAUAAAUGAUUGUUAGUUCUGAAGAACUGCUCUUUACAGCUCCUCAGACCUAUUGCAAAGUUGAUGAAUACACAGCAGCAGGAAAAGCUGCACCAGAGUCGCUGUGGCCCAAAGGCCUAAAGGUGGAAGGUUGGUGCGGACCGGUUCUAGAGGAGUCUGCUCAUAAAAGCUGUGUUUAAAGCGAGGAACUUGCUGCCACGCUGACAGUGAUGUGACCUGAAUGUUGGAGUCACAUUGAAUCCUUUGGAGCGUCUCCACUGUGCCCUGAUCAGGUUUUCACCUUGUGCUGAUUCUUGUUCUUGUAGACGUUUUUCCUCCUUACCUUAAACCCACACAGCAGAAGAAGUGGCUCCAGCUGAAGCUCCUUCUACAAAGUCCAGACUCUGUAAUUUCUGUGACUUUUUUCUCUUUCUGAUUAUUGAUUAAAGCUGAUGUGUGAA